AUGGAGAGGACAGGGGAGCACAACAAAGAUGAUAUGGAGAGGACAGGGGAGAAAAACAAAGAUGAUAUGGAGAGGACAGGGGAGAAAAACAAAGAUGAUAUGGAGAGGACAGGGGAGAAAAACAAAGAUGAUAUGGAGAGGACAGGGGAGAAAAACAAAGAUGAUAUGGAGAGGACAGGGGAGAAAAACAAAGAUGAUAUGGAGAGGACAGGGGAGAAAAACAAAGAUGAUAUGGAGAGGACAGGGGAGAAAAACAAAGAUGAUAUGGAGAGGGCAGGGGAGAGAACAACAAAGAUGAUAUGGAGAGGACAGGGGCGAGAACAACAAAGAUGA